AUGGAUGGGAUUCAACCUGCUGUUAAAAGUGCCUUGACAAAGGUAUACAAACAAGGAAGUAGUUCUCGUGUUGUUCGAGCGGCAGAUCUAAUAAAUAUUCAAGGCAUGAAAAAGCCUUUAAAGAAACGAGUGGCGGCAAUCUUGGAGCCAGUAGAAGAGAGCCUGCCUGAAGAAAAUGGACUAGCAUUAGCUGAAGAUGAUUCUUCUGGUACUGAAAAUAAUGAUGAACUUGUGCCUGCUGACUCUACGCCGAAGCUGGACCUGCAAAGUGACAAGAAGAAAGGAAUCCAAGUCCAGCUUGACCUGAAGAGCAAUGGGAAUGGCUCCGGUGGGAAGAAGGAGCAGCAAUGA